AGUUAUCGUCAUUUCAUCAUUGAAGCUUGAAAGUUCAGUCUCGAUAAUGUAUUUCUUUAACACAUUAUCUAUUUGUUCUGUUCUUAGUUUAACUGUUUUUCAAGUUAUAUUUGCAGAUGAACUAUGUGAUAAAUCAAAAUGUAAAGGUCCUUUGAAAUAUUACCAAAGUGUAGGAUGUAAACCAAUAUUUAAAUCUGAAAAUGAUUGUUGUGCCUCCAGCUAUGAUUGUAGUCAUUUGAAAAAUAGAUCGCCUCGAAAAUGUUAUGCUGAUGGUCAUGAAUAUGAUAUAAAUCAGUUUAUUGAUAAUAAAUAUACUGGAGGAAGAUGUGAUUAUCGUUGUAUAUGUUCAGAAAAUAAUGAGGGAUUAGCUAGUGCGGCGUGUGUUAUCAGUGAUUUUGCUGCUCCAGCUUUAGAAAGACCUGGUUGCUAUCACCGACGAGAUGCAGUCUGUGGACCGAUUGAAGCGAUUUGUCCUGAAAAGCCAGAAGAUCGACCAACAUGUCUUGUCGAUGGAAAAACUUAUCUUGACGGCCAAGAAUUCAUACCAGCUUCAGAACCACAUAAAAUAUGUUUUUGUCGUCCUGAAUACAAAGGCGAGAACAUUGAACCAUUUUGUACUGGAGAAAAACCUCCUGAAAACUAUUGUGCAACUGAACUGUACCAUGGAGCUGACAUUUAUAAAAAAUGUGCACCAUUUGAAUUUACUUCAAAUCCAACAACAGCCCCUAAUACAAACUGUAUUUCGGAUUUCAGAUGUCCAAGCCCUGAAGAUUUAGUAAUACCAGCUGAUUUAAUUGACACUACAUCUAAUGAAACUUGUGAAUAUGGAAAUUUAAUAUUAAAAAAGGGAGACAAACUCAAUACAUUAAGUUAUCUUUUUGGUUGCACAAGUUGUGUCUGUGAAGUUGGACCAGCUGUCACUUGUAAAUAUUCACCUCCAGGUCAAUGUAAUUAAUGAGGAUCAUAAUUCAGAAAAUAAACAUAAAUUGUUUGUUUGAAUUAUCCUUUUUUAUUUAAUACUCAAUGAAUAAGCAAAAAGCUAUUGUUUAUAAAAAAUAAGCUUAUUUAUUGUAAUAAAAUUGAAAAUUCUGGUUAAAUCGUUGGAUAUGUUUUUGCAAAGGAAUUACUUUAAAAAAUAAAUAACAUAGCAAUAAUUAUUUGUAGUUCGUGUAUUUAUUAAACUUUAUGCUAGUGGACUAGCGGAAGCAAUGUGUGCUUCAUACAACGGCAAAUAUAAUCAUUUGAACCGAUUCUCUCAAGUUUUUCUCAGAAAAUUGAAUCAGAAAAAUCGUUAGAUAAUUUAAUUCAAUUUCAAAUUGUCUUGUUAAUCGAACGUAAUUGCACAAAAAUAAUAAUAUUAAUAAUAAUAUUCUGCAAAUGUAUGAUAUGCAAGAUCUCAAUGCAACUACAAAUGUGACAACAUUUUUUCUUAAUUUUUAAAAGAGUGAGUUAAAUGUCAAUCGACAUUUGUAAAUAGGCACAUGACUUAAGGUAAAAUGCGGUGUCUUUCUUUUUUUCUUAGUCAUAUACAUUAAGUCGUCCUACGAUGCCUUAAGAAUAUACGUGUACAUAAAAUUAUAUUUUAUAUUAAACGAGUUUGAAUUAUGUACGCACUUUAUAACAAUUGGCAGUAUCGUUAUUUAGAUGCCAAAAACGACAAUUAAUGUCAAUGAAAAAUGAUAACCGGCUUAUAAACGAAGAUUAAUUAACAA